AUGUCCUACGAACACCCUGUCUACACAGCAAUCCGCAAGUACCGCUUCAUUCUGUGUUCGAGCUCCCCGCGGCGGAGGGACAUCCUCAGACAGAUUGGCUUCGAGCCGAUAGUCCGCAAGUCCAACUUCAAGGAGGACUUGGAUAAGGCCUCCUACGACGCCAGCCGCCUCGUCGACUACGUUGCCGACACUGCCUACCACAAGCUGCUCGACGUGCGGAACGCUCUGGGGCACGAAACUGCCUCCCCGCUGCUCCUGCUUUCCGCAGACACCGUGAUCAUCUGCAACGGCGAGAUCUUCGAGAAGCCCAGGAGCUACGAGGGGAACGUGGCGAUGCUCCAGCGGUUGCGGGCGGCGCAGGCCGCCGGCCACAAGAUCAACAUCGUCACCUGCGGCGUGCUCGUGAAGCUCGGCGACGGCGUCGUCGAGCAGGAGAGCCGCUUCCGGACGCAGACAGCGAUCCACCUCGUCGACGGCCUCACGGACGCCGCCAUCUGCAGCUACUGUCGCAGCGGAGAGGGUCUCGAGGUCGCCGGCGGGUUCAAGAUCCAGGGGCUCGGCGCCGUGCUCUUCGACGCCAUCGACGGCGACUUCUACAACUGUGUCGGGCUCCCGGCAAGCAGGGUCUUUGCGGAGAUCUGCUCGCUGGUGCUCGAGUGA